AUGAGUCUGCCUGCCUCUUGCAGAGCCAUAGAAAACAACACCGCCAGCAGCUGCAGCAGCAGCGGCAACAGCAACAGCAACAGCAGCAGCAGUAGCAGCAGCAGCAGCAGCAGCAACAUAGCAUCAGCAACACCAGCAGCAGCAACAGCAUCAGCAGCAGCACCACCAACAACAGCAGCAACAGCAGCAGCAGCACCAACAGCAACACCACGAACAACAGCAGCAGCACCACCACCAGCAGCAGCACCACCAGCAGCACCACCACCACCAGCAGCAGCAGCACCAGCAGCACCACCAGCAGCAGCAACAGCAGCAGCAGCAGCAACAGCAGCAGCAGCAACAGCAGCAGCAGCAGCAACAGCAGCAGCAGCAGCAACAGCAGCAGCAGCAGCAACAGCAGCAGCAGCAGCAACAGCAACAGCAGCAGCAACAGCAGCAGCAGCAGCAACAGCAGCAGCAGCAGCAACAGCAGCAGCAGCAGCAACAGCAGCAGCAGCAGCAGCAGCACCACCACCACCACCGCCACCACCACCAGCAGCAGCAACAGCAGCAACAGCAACAGCAGCAGCAGCAGCAGCAGCAGCAGCAGCAGCAGCAGCAUGA